CAAAUACCUGAGCAAAGGUGAAAGUGAAAGGUGGGUCUCAGUAUAGGACUGAGGUGUAGAUUGUUCUGUAAAAACAUGUAGAUAUGCACAUAUAGUGACUAUUAGAGUGGUUAUAGAUUUAAAUAAACUAUUUUUAAAGUGAAGUGGAGGACGUGAAGACCAGUAAAGUGAAAAUGGCAGAGUCCAGAGUUCAUACUCAGUUUAAACUCACCUCAGAAGACUAUGUGAGGGCUUAUGUUGGUGAAGAGGUCACCCUCCCCUGUCACCUCUCACCUGACACCAGUGCUGUUGACACAACGAUCAGGUGGUUUAAAGGGACAGAGUGUAUUUACCUGUAUAAGAAUGGCCAGGUGACAGAGAGGAGUGGCUAUGAGGGCAGAGUGAGUCUGAUCACCCAGGAGCUGGAGAGAGGCAACGUGUCUCUGAGGCUGAGAGACAUCAGGAGGUCAGAUACAGGAGUCUACAUCUGUCAGGUCAUCCAUGGAGAACAGAAGGAGGAGGCUGCAGUGGGUUUAAGGGUCAGAAGAGUUUGGGUACAACAUGAGGUACAACAUGAGGUACAACGUGAGUAAUUACUUAUUUGUCUGUUUUGUUUAUUGACAACCAAUAACACAAGACAAAAAACAGACCAGAGUGUUAAUCUGAUACUAUAAAAACUACAGGCCUUGUGAACAGCAGUGUGUCUUCUUCAAGGCUACAAAUUAAAUCAGUUCCUUUACAUUUAUCAAUACUCUCCCCAAAUGUUCUCAAGGUUGGUUGGAUUAAGAUGUAUAGAUGUUCUUUAAAUUAUCCAGAAUUUUUACAUCAUAUCCCUCCCACAAAAUAUCUGUUGUAGAGCUCAACAUUUUAGAGGGGUUGAGUUAAAUGCGGAAGACACAUCUCAGUUGAAUACAUUCAGUUGGACAACUGACUAGGUAUCCCCCUUUCCUUUCCCUUUCACUAUAUAUCUGCCAUGGAGGUCAAUAUUUCACAUAGUCCUCCCACUAUAUAUCUGCUAUAGAGGUCAACAUUUCACAUAGUCCUCCCACUAUAUAUCUGCCAUAGAGGUCAAUAUUUCACAUAGUCCUCCCACAAUAUAUCUGCCACAGAGGUCAACAUUUCAGAGGGGUUGAGUUAAAUGUGGAAGACAUAUUUCAGUACAAUACAUUCAGUUGGACAACUGACUAGGAAUCAAUUUUUCCAUUUAACUUCCAUUUCACUUAGUCCUCCCACAAUAUAUCUGGCAUUGAGGUCAAUAUUUCACAUAGUCCUCCCACAAUAUAUCUGGCAUUGAGGUCAAUAUUUCACAUAGUCCUCCCAC